AUGAAGGCCAUCGCGUCGCUCCUCACCAUCGCCUUCCUGCUGUGCGGCUUCGCCGCCAUCACCCCCGCCUCGGCCCAGGAGACCUGCCCUCUGUGCCAGUUCGCCGUCCAGUACAUCGAUGGCUAUCUGCAGCAGAACUACACCCAGGCUCAGAUCAUCAAGCAGCUCGAGGUCUGCGACUCGUUCGUCGAGUACUACGUCCCCGUCCUGAUCAACUACAUCAUCAAGUACGAGGAUCCCCAGAACGCGUGCCAGCAGCUUGGUCUCUGCACCUCAUUCGCCGCUGAGCCCGAGAUCGUUGUUGCCGAUCUUGAGAAGUUCCCCGAGGUUGUCGAGGUCGUUGAGGCCAGCCCCGAGGAUUGCCAGAUCUGCAAGAUGCUCGUCGGUUUCAUCGAGUCCUACGUGCAGGCCAACCAGACCAUCACCCAGAUCGAGUCUCUCCUCGGUCGCGUGUGCCGUCUGACCCCCUUCGCCUCGCAGUGCGUCGUGUUCGUGGACACCUACACCCCCCUCAUCGUCCAGUACAUCCAGGCCAACGAGGAUCCCCAGACCGUGUGCCAGCAGAUUGGCGUCUGCUCUUCGCAGGCCGUCCGUCAGGUCGCCGCCGUCAAGUUCAACUGA